CGGGUUAACCCGCCCGCCUCAUUACACUGCAAAGCAGCUCAGAAGAACGAGCGAAUACAUUUCAUUUCACAGCAAUGGAGGUUGAAGAUGGCGGUGGCGUUUCGAAUUGUGUGAUUCAACUGAGGGACGGUCCCCAGAGGCUGAGGGAGAAGGUCUACGUUGGCUGCGGGGCAGGGUUCGGAUGCGAUAGGCCAUCUGCGGCACUGAAGUUGCUGCAGAGAGUUCCCGAGUUGAACUAUCUCGUCCUUGAAUGCUUAGCGGAACGAACUCUUGCUGAUCGCUUCCAAGCUAUGGUCUCUGGCGGCGAUGGCUAUGAUCCUCGUAUUUCUGUUUGGAUGUCUAUGCUACUCCCUUUAGCAGUGGAGAGAGGGACUUGCAUUAUAACAAACAUGGGUGCAAUGGAUCCUAUUGGGGCGCAGGAGAAAGUUCUGGCGAUUGCUAGAGAAUUGGGGCUUGGUGUUUCCGUUGCUGUUGCCCAUGAGGUUUCCUACACUGGAUCAGUACCAUCUAACCAUAAUUUUUGGAUCCAAAUUCUGAAGGGUAUUAGCACCUAUCUUGGAGCCUCUCCCAUCGUCCAAUGUCUUGAGAAGUACCAUCCAGAUGUUGUAAUUACUUCACGGGUUGCGGAUGCUUCCUUGUUCUUAGCACCAAUGGUUUAUGAACUAGGCUGGGACUGGGAUGACUUAGAUAAGCUAGCUCAAGGAUCUCUGGCAGGCCAUCUCUUAGAAUGUGGUUGCCAACUCACUGGGGGAUACUUCAUGCAUCCAGGUGAUAACUAUCGCGACAUCUCCGUCACUUCUCUAUUAGAUGUUUCUCUUCCUUAUGCUGAGAUAUGCCACUCCGGUGAAGUCUGUGUGGCGAAGGCUGUUGAUAGUGGGGGGGAAUUAAGUUUGAAUACUUGUGCCCAACAACUCCUUUAUGAGGUUGGAGAUCCAUCUGCUUAUGUCACCCCCGAUGUGGUAAUUGAUCUUCAGGACGUUUCAUUUCACUCAUUAUCAAGUAGUAGAGUUCUUUGUACUGGAGCUAAACCCUCGACCACAUUGGGACCUGAAAUGCUCCUGCGUUUGAUUCCCAGGGUACUGGAUUGUGGAUGGAAAGCAUGGGGGGAGAUAUCCUAUGGGGGAUACAAGUGCGUGGAACGUGCUAAAGCUGCUGAGUAUCUGGUCCGUUCUUGGAUGCAAGAGGCAUGCCCUGAUGUUGAUUGCAAAAUAGCAUCGUAUAUUAUUGGGCUUGACAGUCUCAAGGCAACCUCCAUCCAUGCUGAUGCUUCAGCACUGAACAGUGAAGACAUCCGGUUGCGCAUGGAUGGACUAUUUGAGUCGAAAGAUCACGCAAUCCAAUUCACACAUGAGUUCACUGCUUUGUAUACAAAUGGACCUGCUGGAGGCGGUGGCAUUAGCACUGGACACAAGAAAGAUAUAAUUCUCGGAAAGGAACUGGUGGCCCGUGAAAAUGUCUUCUGGCGCACUGGAAUUAAGCACACCAAACGAACGGCCUCAAGUGAUGAAGAAGAAGUAGCACCAAGAAAUGUGGCAAGAACUGGAGAUCACGACGAGGCCUUAUCCCAACAACGAAGUAGCACCCCUGGAAACAGUCGAGCAUUUGCUUCACCAACCCCGAGACCUGCUCCUGCGGGCCAGAAGAUCCCAUUAUACGAGGUGGCACAUAGCAGAGCUGGGGAUAAAGGAAACGACUCGAACCUCUCUCUCAUACCGCACUUUCCUGGAGACGUUGAGAGGUUGAAGCUGAUCAUAACGCCAGAGUGGGUGGCCAAAGUUCUGUCCCCUCUCCUGAACGACUCAUCGUUUCUGGACGCUGAAGGUGUCCUGGAGAGAGAUACAAGAGUCGGCGAACAAGUAGGCGUGGAGAUAUAUGAAGCGAGGGGGAUCCGUGCUCUGAACAUCGUGGUGCGGAACAUUCUAGAUGGUGGAGUCAACUGCUCUAGGAGGAUCGACAGGCAUGGUAAGACCAUGUCGGAUGUCUUGCUUUGUCAGCAGGUUGUGUUGCCUCCAGAGAAAAAUGGGCUUUAAGUUUUAAGUUUUCUGCCGCAAAAAUGGGCGUAAAACGUCGAUGGAUGUGAGGUUUCAGAUAUCAGUUUGUGUCCAGAACUUAUCAGGAAAAUUUGGGAUGUCUUCGUGACGUCUCCUUCUGUUAUAGGUCGAUAUCUUCCUUGGAUCAUGCUAUAAGGAAGUCGAGAUGGAGCAACGCGUCUGAAUUUGAACUUCACUUGGCUGUGAAAUACAAGAUUUGUAGUUACUACUGAGUGAGCAGUGAGCACUAUAUUAUUAUUAUUAUUAUUAUUAUUAUUAUUAUUA